AUGUCUACUACCAAUCAUCAGUCCACAGCGACUACUAGCGAUGUCGAGAAACAAAGCGAUGAACGCGAUCCUUCCACAGAAAAACAGUCUGCCUUUAAACACCUAGGCUGGCUUGAUCGAUUCUUGGCCAUUUGGAUCUUCCUGGCCAUGGCCAUCGGCAUUAUUCUGGGCAAUUUUGUGGAAAAUACAGGGCCGGCCCUUCAGAAGGGAAAAUUCGUCGGGGUUUCUAUUCCAAUCGCGAUCGGUCUUUUGGUCAUGAUGUAUCCUAUUCUUUGCAAAGUGCGAUACGAGUCCUUACAUAAGGUCUUCCAGGAACGAGCCAUAUGGACUCAGAUCGCAUUCAGUAUCUUUGUUAACUGGAUAAUUGCUCCUUUCCUGAUGCUUGGAUUGGCAUGGGCUUUUCUACCAGACGAGCCUGAGCUUAGGGAAGGCUUGAUUCUCGUUGGAUUGGCGAGAUGUAUUGCUAUGGUUCUCAUCUGGACUGGACUCGCUGGCGGCGAUAGUGAAUAUUGCGCCAUCCUAGUUGCUAUCAACUCACUGCUACAGAUGGUGCUCUUUGCUCCCAUGGCGAUCUUCUUCAUCAAGGUCAUCAGUCAUUCUAGCAGCAGUGUUGAACUAUCCUAUUCAACUGCAGCCAAAAGUGUCGCAGUAUUCCUCGGAAUUCCCCUUGGUGCUGCAAUCCUUACCCGAGUGACGCUUCGAAAGCUCGCUGGUCCACGAUGGUAUGACCAGGUCUUCUUAAAAUGGGCCGGACCUUGGUCCUUAAUUGGUUUGCUUUUCACAAUUCUGGUCCUCUUCGCAUCCCAGGGCCGACAGGUUGUUCACCAGAUUGUAUCAGUGAUCCGAGUUGCGGCUCCACUGGUCGUUUAUUUCAUUAUUGUUUUCUUCGUGACUCUCCUGGUGACUUAUAAGCUUGGAUUCGGGUAUAAGGUGGCCGCAACUCAAAGUUUCACUGCUGCCAGCAAUAACUUUGAGCUUGCUAUUGCUGUUGCGGUCGCGACUUUUGGUGUUGACAGUAACCAAGCACUUGCUGCUACUGUGGGCCCGUUGAUUGAAGUACCUGUGCUUCUUGGUCUUGUCUAUGUUGUCAAGUUUAUAGCCAAGCGAGUUGGCUGGAAAGACUAG